AUGACUGAAGCAUCCAAGAGGCUCAUAGCUCUGGGCCCCCACCUCCCAGAGGACCAGAAGAGAAUUCUAAAAGUGAAGGUAGAGGAAGAGCAAGCAUGGGGGCAGAAAGGAUCCAGAUUUCAAGAUCCCCUUCCACACACCAGAGACGUUUUCAGACAACGAUUCAGACAGUUUUGCUACCAAGAGACUCCUGGGCCCCGUGAGGCCCUAGGCUGCCUUCAGCAACUUUGCCAUCAGUGGCUUAGGCCAGAGAUCCACACAAAGGAGCAAAUCUUGGAACUGCUAGUGCUGGAGCAAUUUCUGGCUAUCUUGCCUGAGGAGCUCCAGACCUGGGUACAGCAGCAUCAUCCAGAGAAUGGAGAGGAAGCUGUGACUGUGCUGGAGGAUUUGGAAAGAGAACUUGAUGAACCAAGACAGCAGGUCCCAUCAGGUGCUCAUGGACAGGAAAUGGUCUUGGAGGAAAUAGUACCCCUGGAAGGAGGCCAGGAGUCUUCAGGUGCCCAACUCCAACCCAUGGAUGCCAAUCUGGAAUGUGAAUCUCCAGAACCACACACCCUACAAGACAAUGGAUUUUUGUGGUUCUCCAUGAUGUCUCAACGUGCAGGAGAUAAAGACAUUGUUAGUUCAAAUGGAGGUGAAGUGGAAAUACAGCCAAAAAGCAUGAGAGAAAAGUUCCUUAGCGAUCUUGCAAGUCUACUGAAAAGCAAAAGUAAUAACACAAAGAUAUUUUCUAAAGAGAAAUACUGUCAACUCAUAAAGGAAGUAAAAGAAGCUAAAGCAAAGGCAAAAAAGGAAUCCGUUGAUUAUCGCCGUUUGGCCAGAUUUGAUGUGAUCCUUAUACAAGGAAAUGAGAAACUGAUUGAGGCUGUUAAUGGAGAGACAGAAAAAAUACGAUAUUAUUUACACAGUGAAGACUUAUUUGACAUCUUGCAUAAUACACAUCUCAGUAUUGGUCAUGGUGGGCGUACCCGUAUGGAAAAAGAGUUGCAACCAAAAUAUAAAAAUAUCACAAAAGAGGUUAUAAUGUUAUACUUAACUCUUUGCAAGCCUUGUCAACAAAAGAAUUCAAAGCCACCAAAAAAAUGUAUUGUGUCUAAGCCCAUGAAGGAAGUUAAUUCAAGAUGCCAAGUUGAGCUCAUUGACAUGCAGUUAAAUCCUGAUGGAGAAUACAAGUUUAUUAUGAGUUAUCAGGAUCACCAAACAAAAUUAAGUUUUUUGCGGCCAUUAAAAUCAAGAAGGUCUGAGGAAGUGGCCCAUGCUUUGUUGGAUAUUUUUACGAUUAUUGGAGCACCCAAUGUUUUACAGUCUGAACACGGAAGAGAUUUUUCAAGCCAUAUCGUCAAUGAACUGAGCAUGAUGUGGUCAAAACUAAAAAUUGUCCAUGGAAAGCCUCGGCCCUGUCAGAGCCAUGGUUCUGUGGUACAGCCUAAGUACGACAUCCAGAGUAUGAUGAUUUCCUGGAUGCAAAAGAACAACUCCUUGCACUGGUCAGAAGGUCUUUGGUUCAUUCAAAUGAUGAAAAAUCAACCCUUUCACAGAAACAUGCAGCACACUCCGUGUGAAAUUGUAUUUGACUCUGGAAACAAAGUUGAUCUGUCUACUUCUAAUUUAGCUGAAGACAUUGUCCAUCUGAACACAGAGGGUCAUUUAGAACAGUCUGAAAAAAAAGCAGAAAGUAGCCUGAAAGUUAAUGAGGCUGGAAAUGACAGUAAUGACGUGGAAGAGAACCUUAAUAUAACAACUCCUAAAGUACCUGAACUCACUUCUCCCACUCAGGGCAGCCUAAAUUUUUCAUCCUGUGUGGUUUGUGAAAAAGAAUGGACUGGUGCUCAUUGUAAAUUGUGUAAUAGGGAUGUCCAUGCAGUCUGUGGCAUAUCCUCCUGGGAUGAGGUAGAAGGAUGUAGCCCAAAAGUCACAUGCAGUUUUUGUUGUGGGACUCAAACAAUGAAAAGGAAGCAUACCAAUACCCAUGGAAGUUUGCCUACCCAGGCAACCAAAAUGCUGAAACAAUCAGAGUCUAAGUUUUCAACAGCCAAAGUUGGAGAUUGAGUGAGAGUUUGAAUGUCGAAUAUAAGUUGAGACUGAAGGAAACCUAGAAGCUGAGAUCUUGAUGAGUGAUAAGGGUAUAAGUAUGAUAUGGAGCAUGUUUGACUGAAACAAAGUUCUUUGAAGUUAUGGCCAUUGUGAAGUCAAUGUUUGUAUAGAAGGGCUAAUGAUUUUGAAUGAUGUUUCUAAAGAAGAAGGUUAGAAGCUGUAACUUUCAGUCACAUCUCUAUUAUUGGCCUGUCAUUGUGGAUUUUAGACCUAUAGUUCCUUUUUGGUGGAAGGCACUGGGAAUAGCUAAGAAAUAAGGGUCCAAAGAUGAGUGUAGGGUGUGUGUGUGUGUCUGUGUGUGUCUGUUUGUGUGUCAGUAUGUAGGGUAUGAAGGUAAGAUUUGGGAAAGAUUUUAUGUUAAGUAGGGAAAUUAAAGUGAAUUUGGGUGGGGAAGUCAGUUGAGACAUGGUAUUAACUUGUGGUGAGAAGUAUGAGUGUGGAGGCUACAGGUUGGUUUAUUUGGGCAAGAGUUGAAUUCAGCAAGGACAUAACAUUUCAGAUUUAUGUUCCAAUGAUGACGUUAGGUAGAGGAGAAUUGAAGUCAGACAGUGGUUUUGAGAUUAAGAGGUAUGUGCUCAAGUCAGGAUUUUUGAGGCCAAGUAAGCUUGGCCAAAUUGGAUGAAGGGGCGAAUUCAGACAGGAGGGUGGGUUAUUUUAGGGUGGAAAAUGCAAUCAAGUAGAAAUAGUGAGUUUAACUGGUAGGAGGUGAGUUUAAGCAGGGGAUUUGGGAAGUGGGCUAGGGAGUUUAAGUUGGAGGA